AUGUCCAAACCUAAAACAUUCCGUAGUCGAUCUUCGGAUCACGUACCCGUGGUGCCGACAAUGGUGGGCAAUGGGAAUGCGGCUGGUGUAAAGAAGAUUCAUGUCUAUCGGAAUGCGGAUGUGUUUUUUCAAGGGAUCCAGAUGGUCGUGAACACCCACCGAGUUCCCUCCGUCGAUGUGCUGCUCGACGUGAUAACCGAGAGAAUCGGGCUCAUUAAUGGCGCUAAGAAGCUUUACACUACGAGCGGGACCCUUGUCAAGGACAUCAAUAAGAUUAAGGAUGGGCAGAAUUAUGUAGCAUCUAGCUCCCAUUUUACCCCUGCUGCUUAUGGUGGACAGCAUCAGCCAAUUCAAAAGGAGGUUAAGCUGAAAAAGAAGAAGAAGAAGCGCUCACAAACGGUUCAGCCUCGGAAAACUGAACACAUUGAGCUAGGCGACGAGAUCUCGAUUCCGCUGAAUGAGCCAGUUGUUCUAGAAAAGAAGAAGAAAAAAAAGAAGAAGCUGGUGCAGAAAAAUCUAGAUCUUCACGGAUCCAUAGAAACCCUGGCGGAAACUGCGGAGAUCGAACUGCCUAGUGAGAUCGAGGACUCCGAGGAGGAAGAUGAGCAUGAACAUCGGAGAAGUGCAACCCCGGAUCAUCAUCGGCCUGCCACCAAGCAUAGCGUGGCUCCGUCGAGGGCUUCAAGUCGACGUGGCAGUAGAAGAGAUGAGGAGAAGAGGGAGGAGGAGGAUGAGGAGAGGAAGAAAAAGGAUGAGAAGAAGAGGAAAUCGGUGAGCAGCAGCCGCCGCAAGUCUCAAGCCCAACACCAUGGCCAACCGAAUUGGGGCGAUCUGUCGAGCUUCACUAAGAAUAUUGAAUCUCUGUUGAAAAAUUGA